AUGAGUGGCAUCCAUCGGUUUCUGACGCGUCGCGACCGACACAGCAAGUUAAACAAGCAGAGCAAAGAGGAGGCAUCGCAUAUCCUUUCGCGUCCUCUAUUCCAUGGCUUCUUUAAGUCAGAGACAACACUGCAAGAAAAUCACGGUCAUGAGAACAAAGUCAAAGCUCUCGCCCAGCGACUUAAACAACUUGGAAUUAUCGCGAUCGAGGAAGAUCAUAUGAUUUAUGCUUUACAAACUACGGAAGGUGACAUAGAGAAGGCAUUCAGCCUGCUGCUUCUGCUAGAAGACUCUAUUGAAGGAGUCAUCAGAAAUUACACACCCAACACGAAGCUCCUAGGUGCAGAGAACCGUCAAGGUGUCACUUGCUAUUUGGACGCGUUGUUAUUCGCCAUGUUUGCCCGUCUCGAUUGUUUUGAGGCUAUCCUUUACAAAUCGUUCAAUGAUGAGCCUCGUCGGAAGCUUGCAAUCCUUCUGAGGCUGUGGGUGAACCUGCUGCGAUCAGGCAAGCUCAUAAAGACAGAUAUGACCAAAUACCUACAGGAAGCCCUAGCAGAAUGUGGUUGGGAAGAUGCUGCCAAACUUCAGCAACAGGAUGCUUCAGAGGCAUUCACUUUCAUCACCGAAAAAUUAGAACUGCCACUUCUGACUUUGAAGAUGGACAUUUACCAUACUGGAAAAGAGGAUGAAAGUGAUGACCAUAAGUUCAUCAAUGAGAGGCUUCUCGAGGUUGCCAUACCUCCUGAACCAACCGAUGGACAGUCACUCACUCUAGAAGACUGUCUAGAAGCCUAUUUCAACAACAUGAUUGAGGUCAAACGGCACAUGGCACGACGAAACACCACUAGCUCGAUUAGAUCAAUGGAUUCACACUCCAUAUCAAAGGGGUCUACCUCACACGUUGAAACGGUGGAGAUUGAGACGACACCUACUAUGUCUCCCGCUCAAGCGAAUACGCCGCGGGUUGAAAAACCAAACCCCUGGUCAUCGUUCAGUGAGUUCACCGAAUCUCUCGAGGCGGCUCGGACACCUGGUCGGCGAGGUAGUAUCGUUCGUGAGCGGUUCUUUCCAGAUACAAGUGACGAUACAAACAACGGAGAUUCGAAACCGGAGAAAGGUACCAGUGGAGAUACCCAGCCGCGAAGGGGUUCAUACAAGAAAGAGGUAAUGAUGCCUGCGUGGCAAUUUUUCAGCUUGAUACCAUGGUAUACCGAAAAUACCCCAACUAACGACGCGCAAGUUGCAGCCCACUUUUCUUCAAAACGGCCCAUUCUUGGGAUGUGUCUGAAACGAUAUUCCUUUUCGCCAGACGGCAGGGCAGUCAGACUCAAUACACACGUUGAUAUACCAACCGAGAUCGGCCUCCCUCAUUUCAUCCAGGAUGAUAACUUGGAUGCGAAUGCCCCUAUCUAUGGGAGCUUCAAACUCUCUUUGCAGGCUCUGGUCUGCCACAGGGGCAACUCCGUUGACUCGGGACAUUAUAUUUCCAUCGUUCGAGGCACUAAUUGCCCCAAUGGUGGCACUCCUUUCACGACUGACCCGGAAGCCCCGGAGACAUCAAAACACUGGAUGCGGUUCGAUGAUCUGGCAGCCGAACGAGUGACACUGGUUGACAUUGAGCAAGCAUUGAAAACUGAAUCUCCAUACCUUUUAUUCUACCAAAUUCUUCCGAUCGGCGAAGAUCCGUCUGCGCCCAACAUUCCGAAUGCACCGUCCUCGCGGGCUUCCGACGGCAGCACCAUAGCUGACCACGCAGACUUCAGCUUCGAGGACUUUGCCCCUGACCGACCAAGUGUCGAGGUCACGAAGCCAUGCGAGACUGAUGCGCCAACAUUAGCCAGUAUUGCAAGGCGAUCCAGCAUAGCAUUCUCAGAAACCAGUAAUCCAGCUGGUCUUCAGCCGCGGUCUGUUCCGUCAUCAUCGCCUAGGCUGGCAUCGAUGGAAGAAGUGAGUACUAAGGGGGCGUUCUCACGCCGUGGGUCUCGAUCGGCCAGGAGUACUCCCGGAAGUCGUGCUGGCAGCCAAACCGGUGAAAACCGCAUCAGUGCCACUUUUUCACGCUUUGCUGAACGGCUUAGUCGGGACAGAAUUAGCAGUGACGGUUUUGUUGAGGUAAAAGAAGGAGAUGCUUUGGAGAUUGAUGAUACUGUUGACGAAAUGAAACUUGGGCCAGCUGCCCUCAAUGUUGAGAACAAGGAGAAGCGUGGAAGAGGCCAAACGAAGGAUCAUGAGAGGCACAAAGGGAAGGCAAAGGAGAAAUCCAAGGAGAAGGGCAGCAAAUUGGAUCGGGAAUGUAUUGUGAUGUGA